AUGGCAGGUGAAAAGAGGGGUAAGAAAACAAAGAAGGCUAAAGAGACAGCGGUUCCCCGGAGACCACCAGAAAACCUUGCGAUUAGAGAUAGAAGCCCGUCGCCAUGUCUCCUACCACGCGGCGCUCCAUUGCCUCAUGAUCCCCUCAUGAAUGGCAUUGCAUAUAGUCUUCCACCUCCGUACAACUUUGGUCGGCCCUAUAUGGAUCCACGCCAGGGCUUUACUGAGGUGCCUCCCCAGAGCCCCUCGAUGAUGUCCACACUAGGUUAUGCUACCCCACAGGGCUUCACUCGGUAUACUUCCGGGUCUCAGCGGGCUUCGUCUAGUGGUAGUCCUAUGGCCACUCCCAGUCCGACUGCAUCACAUCACUCUUCAUCAUCUACGGAACAGUACGAGAUUACAGGUCCUGACCUUCGAGCAAGUAGUUCUGUGCCUGACACUCCUGCUGCGAAUGACUUACCUGGAGGUGUAAGUGCUCCACAGCUUGAAUCUUAUGACUCAUCGUCGAGCCUUUGGUUACCGGACAAAGCUUCAUCUCUCCUUACAGAAGACAUACAAAAACUAUUUAAAGACUCACCUACUUGGGGCCAGAUGUCACCAAAUCGCCAGAGACAAAUCUAUUUUACCUUUAAGGACAAAUGUGUCUGGCGCCCGGAACAUGAGACGCAGAUGGCUCAAAACUUCAAGAAGAAAGCUCAGUGCUUACUAUGUGACAUGUUAGGAAGGGUUCGUCAAUCUAACAAGAAGCCUGGGUGGAUCCUUCCUGAAAACUAUAACAAGCUACUUCAUUACUGGGCAACUAAUGAAAGAUUCUUACAACUGAGUGACAUAGGGAAGAAGGCUAGAAAUUCGACGAAGGGUGGCUCCCUACACACUAGUGGGGCUAUGAGUCAAGAGGCCGUGAGGAGGAAGCUGGAACUAAAACGGGGGACGCCAGUGCCUCAAGAUGAGGCGUUCAAGAUCACUCACGUGAAGAAGAAGGCAAACGCUAAUGAUCCAGAUGAUUGGUGUGACGAACGGGCUAAGCAGACCUACGGAAAGGUGGAUUUCAACGAGAAUGAAUGCAAGCAUAGGAUAGAUGAGUCAAACUAUGCUAAGAAGAAAAUACCUUUUUCUGAUCAAGAACAUGCAGGAUAUGGAGGUGAAAAUAGUGGCAGCUCUUAA